GCUACGGACAGAAGCAGAACAAGCAACCAGCUCUGCUCUUCGACCCCUCCAAUGGCCAAGAUCCAGCCCCUGCCUGUAGCUUCAUCAUCUCCUUCCUGCUCACCCUCCGGGGAUGAGUCCCAGAUCCUGCAGAAGAAGGCAGCGUACACGGUGUGGAUGAAGUCGCUGGUGUUCAAUGGCAACGGCUGCACGGUGUACGGCGCCGACGGCAGCGUCGCCUUCCGCGUCGACAACUACGGUUGCCGGGGCGGCCGCGAGGUGUUCUUCAUGGACCGCGCCGGCAAGACCCUCAUCAAGAUUCAGAGAAGGAGCUUUGGGAUGUUCAGGAGGUGGGAAGCCUGCCGGUACUUCGACGCCGGCGAGGGCUCCGGCGAGGAGACGAGGCCGUGGUUCAGAGUGCAGAAGGCUGGCAAGAACGAAGCUGCCGUGACGAUUCAUGGCAGCGGCAGGACGUACACCGUCGACGGGUGCGCGCGCAAAUCGGACUACAAAAUCACCGGCGCGGACGGCGCGGUCGCGGCGGCGAUCGGGCGGAAGCAGACGGCGUCCGGGGUUGUGCUGGGGGAAGACGUCCUGACGCUGACGGUGGGGUCGGGCACAGAUCAUCUGCUCGCCUUGGGUUUGGUGGUCGUCUGUGGCCUCAUGAACCGGUGCUUGUGAAGUUGUGACGGGAAGUUUGGGAACAGCUGAGGAUCAUCCAUGGAAGUGCUGCAUCACAAAGGCGUCAAGAACGAAUUUGUUCUUUUUUCCAGUGCGGUUUUUGCAGAUAUUGCUUGAUUGUUAGGAGGAUACAUGGUGAUUUUAGGGAGAGUUUGUUUCAUAUGUAGCAGUUUGGAUCCUUUUUCCCCACCAAUCUGAGGAUGAUUUCUCUUUUGGUGGAUGGUUUUUUUCUGGAUCCUAUAUUGCAAGAUUGUAAGGUGGUAACCUAUGAAACAGACUUUUUUAAAUUCAAUUUUGUUGUUGCCUUCA